AUGCCUCUUCAUGAAGAUGCUGAGAUGACUAAAGGAAAGACAGGCCUGGGGAUCAGACGACAACGCGGCGCAAGACCCUCUACCACCAAAGCCACCCCGCCUAUUGAAGUCCAAGAACAUCAACGUAAUCAGGACGAUCCACGAAGAGCUCUAUACCCGUCAGCAGACGUUAUUCAACACUCCCUUGACAGGAGACUUAUCCCGCCUGUCAACCGGGACGCUGGCACAUCAACGACUCCCGGUUUUUUGCCGCUAGACAGUGGAGGACGGCCAGCGCAGACUUGGUAG